UUUUCUUCUUUUUACACAGCAUUCUUGUCUAUUUUCAUUUUUCACAUCUACUCUUCUCGAACAAAAGAAACUCAUCAGACCUGAUUCCCGCUACUCGUUCUCUCACCAUUGUCCAUACUUUUCUUUACUUUCCGAAACCUUUGAAUUUCGGAAAACCCAGAUUUUAUCUGGCAAGUUUCUUCAAAAAUGAGUUCUGGAGAAUUUCUUAGUGUUGAACCACAAGAAUUAAGAUUCCCAUUUGAACUGAAGAAACAGAUCUCAUGUUCUCUUCAACUGUUGAAUAAAUCUGACAAUCAUGUUGCUUUUAAGGUUAAGACAACAAAUCCGAAGAAGUAUUGUGUCCGGCCUAAUACUGGUGUUGUUUCGCCUAGGUCUACAUGUGACGUAACAGUCACGAUGCAAGCUCAAAGUGAAGCACCACCUGAUGCACAAUGCAAGGACAAAUUUCUUCUUCAAAGUGUAAUUGCGAGUGCUGGAGCUACUGGAAAGGAUAUUAAUCCUGAUAUGUUUAACAAAGAAUCUGGAAAUCUCAUCGACGAAUGCAAAUUGAGAGUCGUUUAUGCUCCUCCACCACGACCUCCUUCACCGGUUCGCGAAGGAUCUGAGGAAGGUUCAUCUCCUAGGGCUUCAAGUUCAGACAAUGGGAAUUUCAAUGCUUCUGAAAUUAGUGGUGGAUCGAAAGCAAGUGUGGAGCCUCAAGAUAGAUCAUCAGAGGCAAGGGCUCUUAUUUCAAAGUUAAUGGAGGAGAAAAGUCUUGCUGUUCAACAGAGUAACAAACUCCGCCAGGAACUGGAACUCCUGAGGCGCGAAGGUACCAAAAGCAAUGGCGGGAUCCCCUUUCUGUGUGUUGCAAUUGUUGGCCUGCUGGGUAUCCUUUUCGGCUAUCUAUUGAGGAAGACAUAAAACAGCCUCGGGCAUUUACCUGUACCUCCUGACUUCUUAUUUUCCAACAUAAUCCUCAAUUAGGAACGACUAUAAUGACGAUAACGGGCAAGGACCAAGGAAGUGAAAAAUGUGAAUGAGAAAGAAAUCAUUACAUAAUUGAUCAGAAAGCUUCCUUUCUUUUAUUCUGUCAGUAUUCUUUUGGUUAGUAACCAGCAGCAUAAUGUGGGUUGAUUCGUUUGUAAUUUUAAGGCAGGAAUUUCUGCAAAGCCUUGGUUGAUUGAUUGGUCUUGUUUUGUACAUGAAAAUCUUAAUAUUUUCUUUUCUUUCUCUGGAGUUCGAUGUAGCUCAGUAACACUAGAGAACAUUUUAAUACUUUGUGAUUCUGUACCAUUAACAGACUUGAAUUGGCGAAAUUAUUGGUAUUUGCAUGAUGUUAGGUUCUGGUG